UAGGUCUACACUUUUCACCCCAAAAAAAUGUGUCAGGAAGGUAAGAGGAAUCAGAAUGUGUAACUAAUAAUAUUGUUGCACAGGACAGUGGUAGCAGAUGUAGAGUGGGCAAAAGGAAAAAUUAUGUUGUAAAACCACACCCGCCCGGAGUUCAGACCUGGGUAGUUGAGAAUGUCCUCCAUUCAGAAGUAACAAACAGGCUGGUGUGUGUGAAAAACAUUACAUUUUUAGACCUGAACCAAACUGAACACUAAAGCGUUUGCCCCUUCAACCCCCAUGGGACUGGAUGGGACUGGACUGGAUGGGACUGGACUGGAUUCAUGAAAGUGAAGAAAUACAAGUAUCCCACAAAUCAGGUGUGGGAGGCGUUUACUUGAAGCCUCCAGUGGGAAUCAUGUUAAACGGAAACAGUUGGACAUUCAGAUGGUGAGGCUGGAAUACUUUAGUGGCCCCUUAACUCAGAGGUAGAAAUGGACUCAGCAAGAAUGGAGAAGUUGAUUAACUGUUUCAGUAAAAAACCAGAAGCAGUGGCCAGGUUGAUCUGUUUCCCGUGGGCGGGUGGCGGCUCCAUCCACUAUGCACGCUGGGGGCUCAAACUGAACAGCUCCAUUGAAGUGUUUUCAGUGACACUUCCUGGUAGGGAGGACCGAAACAAAGAGGCCUUCUUUCAGAACAUGCAGCAGAUUGUGGAUGAAGUCAUCACCGUGUUGCUUCCUGUGCUGAAGGAAAAGCCAUUUGCCCUCUUUGGCCACAGUUUUGGUGCCACGACCACUUUUGCUGUAGCUGAGACCCUAAAGAGAGUUCACAAUCUGGAACCAGUUCACAUCUUCCUGUCUGGUGCCUCUGCGCCAUAUUCCGAGGCUCGUAUCAGCGCCCCAAAGAGAAGUGAUCUUUCAGAUGGGGACUUCAUGCACUGGAUGAUGAUUGUGGGCGGGACUCCCCCUGAGCUGCUGGCUAACCCUGAGAUGCUCAAACACUUCCUGCUUCCUCUGAAGGCCGACCUGCGGCUGCUGGACAACUACAGGUGUGACAGGCCUGCCAGCCCUCUCCUCUCUUGUCCAAUCACAUGCUUCGAUGGGAAGCAGGAUACUCCUCAUGACUUGCAAGCUUGGAAAGAAAUAUCAUCUGGAGAUUUUAUGGUGAGAAUGUUUGAGGGAGGUCAUUUUUACCUGAAACUCCCAGAAAAUGAGAAGGUUAUUUUUGACUACAUUACACAGCACCUGGAGACGUCAGAAAUGGACUACUUGUAAUUUUACAUUUUUUAAGUAGUUUAUAAAAGUUUUAACUCAGUGUGUACAGUACUGCAACCAGUUUUGUGCUCGUAUAACGUCAUUAUUUUUCUGCAUCAGGCCCAAAUGUUCCUUCACAAACACAACUAUCAUUCCUUAGUCUGAGGCAAGUGAACUCUGAUAUACUGUCAUUGCCAAAUGUAUUUAGUAUUCAGCAAGUGCUACAUGUUUCUGUUUGACAGUACUGUUCUGUAAUACAGUACUGUACUUUUUUAUAUAAAUUAAUAAUAAUGGCCUAUUGUUGGACAUUUAAUGUAAAAAAAAUAAAAAAUAAAUGGACA